AUGUCACACCAAAGUCAACUCAUUCCACAAGCUUAUAUCUCUAACUUUCACAACAGGUUGACGAACGAGGAUGAUGGCAUUCCCAUUUUUACAAUGGCUCAACAAACAAGGCAGCAUAAAAGAGCUAAAGUGGUUAAUUAUGCCGAAUAUGAUAACGAUCUGUUUGAUGAGUUUAACAUGAACGGUACUAAUUUUACUAAUUCAGAUACACAGUAUAAAGAUAAUGCAAUGUCUCAUGAGAAUACACCAGCGCUAACGAAUGGCGUGGGCAUGGACGGCUCGGAAUACAAUGUCCUAGAGAACAUAAAUAGCGCUGAUAACAUUAUCUCUAACAAUAGAUACGAUGUCGGUUCAAACAUGGUUGUGGAAUCUUUAUCCGGUUUGAAUAACAACAACAGUACCAGUAAUGGCAAUAAUAAUGCGAAAACACAAGCGCAGGAUAUUGGAAAUGCCGUUUUGCCAGAUCUGCAGGACCAACAUCAUAACCCAUUCAAUAUACUCAGAUAUCCGAAGAUAAGAGAUACUUUCAUUAACGGAAAAUUGGUAUCUCCAUACAGACUGAAUACUGAUCAGGAAACGAAAGCAAACGCAAAUUCUGGAGAAGCAAUCAUGAUACCAAUAACUUUGGAUAUAGAACAUAUGGGUCAUACCAUAAAGGACCAGUUUCUUUGGAACUACAACGACGACUCCAUAUCCCCGGAAGAAUUUUCCUCAAUAUACUGUAAGGAUCUCGAUAUGAAUUCUGUUACUUUGCAAACACAAGUUGCGAAUGUAAUAAAAGAGCAGUUAAAAGACUUGGAGAAUAUCGCAGCUACUGAGAUAAUGUCGGAUUUACACGUUAUAAUUAACCUAACCUGUAAUCUGCAAGACAGAUUUUUUGAGGAUAAUUUUCAGUGGAACUUGAACGACAAAUCACUUACUCCAGAAAGAUUUGCCACAUCUAUUGUACAAGAUCUCGGUCUAACAAGAGAGUUUAUCCCUUUGAUAUCCCAAUCUCUUCAUGAAACUAUCUUGAAGAUAAAGAAGGACUGGGUCGAUGGUCACUUAAUUCAGGACCAUGUUCCAAACGAUGCUGCAUUUGGAUACCUAUCUGGUAUUAGAUUGGAUAUCGAUGAACUGGGCUCCAACUGGUGUCCAAGGGUGGAAAUACUAACAAAAGAAGAAAUACAAAAGAGAGAAAUUGAAAAAGAAAGAAACCUGAGAAGAUUGAAAAGGGAAACCGAUAGAUUAUCUAGAAGAGGCAGAAGAAGAUUGGAUGAUUUAGAGACCACAAUGAGAAUGUAG